CCCCUCCUCAGCAAUAUCAUCAUAGCUACGUGAACCCCACCUCAGAGUCUGCUCACUUGAAAACCAACAGCCUCCCCACACCGGCAUGUUGAUGGCUUUUUAAUUCCUGACGUUUCCGUGGUUCUUCUGCAUUCUCUUCUCACUAUUCACUGCAAUCUUUGCUGAAGCCAGCUUCCCCCAACCCAAUCUAUCAAAAUGCCUGCUGAUACUGUUGGAAAGACCAUUACUUGCAAGGCUGCCGUUGCCUGGGAGGCCGGCAAGGACCUUUCGAUCGAAGACAUCGAAGUGGCUCCUCCCAGAGCCCACGAAGUCCGCAUUCAGAUUUACUACACUGGAGUCUGUCACACGGAUGCAUACACUCUUUCCGGAAAGGACCCCGAGGGCGCGUUCCCCGUCGUUCUGGGGCACGAGGGUGCUGGUAUCGUGGAAUCGGUGGGUGAGGGCGUUACGUCCGUGAAGCCCGGAGACCACGUCGUUGCGCUCUACACCCCGGAAUGCAAGGAAUGCAAGUUUUGUAUAUCUGGCAAGACCAACUUGUGCGGGAAGAUUCGCGCUACCCAGGGAAGAGGUGUGAUGCCGGAUGGCACCUCGAGGUUCAAGUGCAAGGGCAAAGAUCUGCUGCAUUUCAUGGGCACGUCGACUUUCUCCCAGUACACCGUCGUCGCCGACAUUUCCGUUGUGGCUAUUACCGACAAGGCUCCAAUGGACCGCACAUGCUUGCUUGGUUGUGGUAUUACCACUGGCUACGGGGCGGCAGUGAUCACGGCCAACGUGGAGAAGGGCUCCAACGUUGCUGUUUUCGGUGCCGGCUGUGUUGGUCUGUCGGUCAUCCAAGGUGCCGUAAAGAACGAGGCUGGCAAGAUUAUUGUGGUGGACGUCAAUGACAAGAAGAAAGAAUGGGCCGAAAAGUUUGGAGCCACAGACUUUGUCAACCCUACCCAGUUGAAUGGUCAGACCAUCCAGGAGAAGUUGAUUGAAAUGACGGAUGGUGGCUGCGACUACACCUUUGACUGCACUGGCAACGUUCAAGUCAUGAGAGCCGCUCUCGAAGCAUGCCACAAAGGCUGGGGCCAGUCUAUCAUCAUUGGCGUUGCCCCUGCCGGCGCUGAAAUCUCCACGAGACCCUUCCAACUGGUCACUGGCCGUGUAUGGCGAGGCUGUGCUUUUGGUGGUGUCAAAGGUCGCACGCAGCUCCCAGGACUCGUCCAGGAUUACCUGGAUGGGAAACUCAAAGUCAACGAGUUCAUCACACAUCGCCAGCCCCUCGACAAGAUCAACGAUGCAUUCCACGACAUGCAUGCCGGCGACUGCAUCCGAUGUGUGGUGGACAUGGGCGCGAAACAAGGGUGACUACACUCGGGGGAAAGCAAGCUUUGAACUGUGAUGAGAUUUCAGAAAGCAUAGUCCGCGUCGACAUGUCGAUGGCGGAAAUGAGACGUUGACUAUUGAUGGCGCCGGGGAGAAAGAAAAAUACCUUCUCAUGUAUCUUGAGGAUCGAACAUAUCAGACCGCCCUCUUUAUGGAAAAUCAAAUCAAGCCUGGGCUGCUUCCGCUUUCAAUAUGAUUUACCACUACCAGUCGCGUUCUCUUGAGCAUGUACAAAUCUGAAGUUAUC